AAGUUUAUAUUCGGUUUACAACCUGCUCAAAACGAACUUGCGACUGUGUGGUUGCGACUGUGUUGUGGUUGCGUUCCGAUAUUCACUAGUACUGAAAAUCUAUAGCUCGUGUUGCAUAUACUACAAAUUUUCAAUACUAGCAAUGUAUAAAGGAUUUUAAAGAUAUUUAAUCUUUUGUGUAUAAUAAUAUAAAAUGGGUGAACCAGCAGUAAAAUCAGAAACUGAAGAAAUUAAAAACACGUUAACAAAUAACAGCUAUGUAUUAUUAAGCAGUGUGUUUAAAGGGAAACUUGAACAAAAUAAGAAUGACACUUACACAUGGACCGGCUACAAGAACAGACAUAAAAAAGUAAUAGAAGGGCUUCAGCAAUUCCCAUUGUCUGUAUCUGAGAAUUGUAUGGUACCAAUUGGCAAGCUAGCAUUCAUGAAAGGAAAGUUAAUUCAUACCAAUGAGGUUUUGGCUUGUCUAGGAGAUGGUUACUUUGCAAAAUACAGCGCAUCACAAGCAAUUGAGCUGUGCAACAGAAGAAUAUCAAUUGCUGAUGAUACAUUGAAGCGUUUAGAAGCUGAGAGGAAUCUUUAUGAGAUGAAACAAACUCUGGUAAUGGAAGAUUUCUUUGGUGAUCAAGAUAAGAAAGAUAUAUUUGAACAUGUGGAUGAGGAAAAACUUGAUGAAUGGAGAAUACAACAUAGAGAGCGUGAGAAGGAGUAUCAUAAAAAAUUAGCUGAAAUAAAAGAAAAGAAAAAGAAUGACAAAUCUAUAGAGGAAGAUCUUUUUAGGAGGCUUGAUGAGUUGGAAUUAGAAGAAGAACUAGAAGAUGAAAAAUACAGGUUGGAGACUGAACGACAAAACUUCCAUAGUGAUGACUUGGAAGAGGAUGAAGUUUACGACGAGGAGGACGACGAUACGUCGGAUUCUGACGAAAUAACAAUGGAGAUGCUCCAAGAAGAAUUAAAAAAAUUAAAUGAUUCUUGUAGAAAUAAAGCCAUGAAUGAUACGUCAAACAUAUCAAACUCUUGCGACGCAGCUCAAGACGAAACAUUUGAUACAAAUUCUACAAAAAGCGAACAAUCCAAUCAUACACCAAGUUCUGUUCAGAAGGAGUCGAAGAACAGUUGCUCAACUGAAUCGGAAAAUACAUCUGAAGACACAAAUAUAAAGCAAAAGAAAAGAGUAUCGUUUGUGGAACCGUGUGAUCAAAGUAAUGCAGACGAAGAAACUAGUGGAAAUGAUGAAUCGUUGAUAUCUGAAGUGUCUCAUUUUGUGGAACAAGACAACACGUGUAAUGACGAAAACGAUGAAGAUAUCAAAAUUGAGUUUUCACCUUCAUCCUAUAUUCCACAUGUACCUGAGUCAAAUAAUGCGGAAAUUCAGAGUCCAAUAGAUAUUUAUAAAAUGUUUGGCGAACCCAUAAAGCCUAUCUUAAAGAGAUCUCCAAAUGAUAUGUUGCCCAAUCAAGUGGUGCCUCCCCCACAUGAAGACAGCAGUACAGAUACAGAAGAUGAACGUUGUAAUGUUCAAACAUCUGCAUAUACUUCUGUAGUGAAAGAUAUCCUAGAAAAGAAAGCAGUUACAUCCCUAAACAAUACUGUAGAAAAGAAAAACGGCAAAAGAAUGGUGAGCAGAUUUAAAAUGGAACGAGUUGGAAGUGCAAAAUGAUGUGUAACCUUAUCUGUUGUAAAUUGUAAACAAAUAUCGCAUACAUUAAUAAAUGUAUUUUAAAAUUUCUUUCUUAA